AUGUCUUCAAAAAGAGAAGAUUUCUUACUUCCAAAGGCUUUUAAGCCGGAACAUUACAGGAUUCACUUAACAGAUAUCGAUACCAAGAAUAAUACAUUCCAAGGUCACGUAACUAUUCAAGCUAAGACCAUCGAAUCGAAGAACGUUAUUUCUUUAAAUAUCAGAGAUCUCGAAAUCUCCAAAGCUAUCGUAACAUUUGCUGAUAAAAAAGUUUUGAACCUUGAAUCUCAAUCGUACAAUGACGUUACAGAAACUGUUUCUUUAAAAUUUGCAGAAGAAAUAUCUACCGACUUUUGCUUAGAUAUCGAAUAUAAGGGUCAUAUCCAAACCAAUAUGUCUUCUUUUUAUCGUUCUGACUACAAAGAUUCUAUUACUGGGGAAAACAAAUGUACUUUAUCCACUCAAUUUGAAGCCACUGAAGCUAGAAGAUGUUUCCCAUGUUUUGAUGAACCUGACUUAAAAGCAACUUUCCAAGUUGUAAUUACUGCUUCACCUGAUUAUACCGUAUUAGCAAAUAUGCCUCUUCUAAAUGUGGUUGAAGAAAAAGGUUUCAAAACUCAUACUUUCCAUACUUCUCCACUAAUGUCUACCUACCUUGUUGCUUGGGCUUUAGGUUACUAUGACUUCAUUGAGGCUGAAACUGAAAAAGCUAUUUAUCCAACUUUAGAUGAUUAUUCUACUCAAGAUGGAUCAUCAAAGACUAAAGGUAAACUUCCAAUUAGAAUAUAUACUGCUAAGGGCAAAUCUCAAUAUGGUAAAUUUGCCUUAUCCGUAGCAAAGCAAAUUGUUGAUUAUUUUUCAGAAUUAUUCGAAAUCCCAUAUCCACUUCCUAAAUUAGACUUGUUAUGUGUUGAAGCUUAUUCUCAUAAUGCUAUGGAAAAUUUUUCGUUAAUUACUUUUAGACCUUCUGCUUUGUUAUUGAAUACAGAAAAUGAAGCUGAUGCAGAAUUAGGUUCCGAAGCUGCUCAAAAGGUAGCCUAUGUCGUCUGCCAUGAAAUUGCUCAUCAAUGGUUUGGCAACUUAGUCACCAUGAAAUGGUGGGACGAACUAUGGCUAAAUGAAGGGUUUGCAACUUGGGUUGGUUACCAUGCCAUCUCAAGAUUAUUCCCCCAUUGGGAUGUCGAUUCGAAAGUCAUGAUAGAAUCUCAUGAAGUUGCGUUAGGCUUAGAUUCCUUGAAGGAAUCUCACGCAGUUAAAAUGCAUGUUAAUGAUCCAAAGGAAAUCGAACAAGCCUUUGAUACUAUUUCAUACUUAAAGGGUUGUUCUGUCUUAGAAAUGAUCAGCGGCUACUUCGGUGAAGAAGUAUUCCUACGGGGUGUUGCGUUAUAUUUGAAAAGAAACAAAUUUGGAAAUGCGACAAUGGAAGAUUUAUUUACAGCAAUUGGAGAAAUUGCUAAAGUUGAUUUCUUACCAAAGGUGAAUCCAUGGAUUUUAGAAGUAGGCUAUCCUGUUCUUACUGUCAAGGAAGAAGAAGGGAAGGUAGUUAUUGACCAAAAAAGAUUUUUGACUGCCACUGCUUCCGAUAAGAAUCGCGAUACAGCUUCCUCUAAUUGGUGGGUUCCAUUAUUAACAUCUUCAAAAAAUGAAUUUAGUAAGCAAUACGAAAUCAGCGAACCUUCUACCUCUCUUGAACUAGACCCUAGCUCUAUUUUUAUUAAUACAAAUGGUUAUGGUUUUUAUCGUGUAAAGUAUGAAUCUGCCAAAUUAUUAAAAAAUAUUUUUGAAAAUAUUUCUAAUUUAUCAUCUAGAAGUAAAAUGUCUUUGAUUUCUGAUAUUUGUAACACCGAUUCUGUUUCUAAUUUCUUUAAUCUCUUAAAAUCUCUAUCAUCAGUGAUUGAUACAAAAGAAGUUUAUGUUUGGCAAAUGAUUUUUUCUUAUAUUUUAACUAUCAGAACACUAAUUUAUCAAGAAGCCCCAGCUGAAACUAUUGAGAAUUUUGAUAGGUUCGCCCUAAACUUGAUUGAAUCACAAAUUGAUUCUGCCCUUGAAUACAUUCAAAACCCUGCUUCUGUUCUACAGAAUAAAUAUGAUUCUGCUGACGUUUUAAGAACUCAGUUCUAUGAAGCAGUUUUAUUGUUUGCAGGUCAUCUUUCCCACAAGAAAGUAAUUGCAGUUGCUACUUCUUUGUAUACUGCAAAAAAAAUUGAUGCAUCUAACAGAGCGUUUGUUUUACAGACUAUUCUAUCUCAACCUAAUGCACCAUUAAAUAUCUUCGAAGAAUUAGUCUCUAAAUUAGACACCCUAGCAUUAGACGAAUUAGAAAAUACCUUGACUGCCAUAGCUACUGUUACAAAUCCAAUUUUGUACAAACCUUGUCUCGAUUUAUUAUUAAACAUUGAACCAAUGAAUGUCCAAUUUUUAACUACAUCCUGGGCUAAAAAUCCAUGUUUGCACAAACCACUUCUAGAUUUCGUCUUAGAAAACCAUUCUGAAUUAUUCAAAAGAUUAAUAAUAAAUCCUGUCAUCAUUGGUAGAUUUGUGGCAUUUUCAUUCCAAUAUUUCUCUAGUAUUGAAUCUUUAAAUACAUUGAAAUUAUUCUUCAGUGAUAAAGACGUCUCUACUUAUGAUAAUAGUUUGAGACCAACUUUGGAAAAGAUUGAAUACAAUGCUAAAUAUGUUAGCAGUAACUUAAAGGAAAUUAGUGAUUACUUCAAAUAA